AUGGAUAUAUCUCUUUUGUUUAAAUUUAUGCUUGGAAAGAUAGAAGCAGAUCAUGUUAAUAGAAAAGAAUUAAAACUUAUGUCAAGGAAAACGCUAAAUGACUCGAAGAAAAGUAACAUCAUUAUUGAAAUUACAGAGAAAGAGAACCUAGAGGUUAGAGUUGAAGGAGAAGAUGAUUCUUAUAGAAAUCAAGCUGUGAUUGGUAGCGAUGAGAGGCUAAGGGCUGAUGAAAAUGAAAAAUUGAAUAAUGAUGCUAUGUAA